AACAGCUUCCUUCUUCAUCCCCAACACUUCACUCCAAAACUCCACAGAUUAAGUUAGAAACAUAACAUCAAUGGGAAGCAACGUGGAAGCAGGAAAAGGGAAGGUGGUGUGCGUGACAGGUGCUUCUGGUUUCAUUGCUUCAUGGCUCGUCAAGCUUCUUCUCCUUUGUGGCUAUUCUGUCAGAGCCACUGUUCGUGACCUAAAUGAUUGGAGCAAGACUGAGCACUUGCUGAAACUGGAAGGAGCAAAGGAGAGAUUGAAUCUGAUAAAGGCAAAUUUAUUGGAAGAAGGUUCCUUUGAUUCUGCUGUCGAGGGCUGUCAUGGUGUCUUUCACACUGCAUCUCCUGUUGUCUAUGGCGUCAAAGACCCUCAGACUGAACUCAUUGAUCCAGCAGUUAAGGGGACUCUAAAUGUUCUCAAAUCAUGCUCAAAGACAUCAUCAACGAAACGAGUUGUUUUAACCUCUUCUAUGGCUGCAGUUUUAUGCAACGGAAAGACUUUAAGUCCUGAAGUUAUAAUUGAUGAGACAUGGUUUUCAGAUCCAGAUAUUUGCAAGGGAUAUGGGGAACAUUGGUCAGGGUAUCUACUUUCUAAGACUUUGGCUGAAAAAGCUGCUUGGAAAUUUACAAAAGAAAACAACAUUGACAUGGUUGUUCUCAAUCCAGCCAUGGUGAUAGGACCUAUCUUGCAACCAACGCUGAACUCAUCUAUUGAUGCAAUUUUAAUUCUAUUAAAAGGCACACACACAUUUCCAAAUAGGACUUUUGGAUGGAUCAACGUGAAAGAUGUUGCAAAUGCUCAUAUUCAAGCAUUUGAAAUUCCUUCAGCUAGUGGAAGAUAUUGUUUGGCCGAGUCAGUGAAACACUACUCAGAAAUCGUGAAGAUUUUGCAUGAAUUGUACCCAACGUUACAACUUCCUGACAAGUGUGAAGAUGAUGAGACCUUCAUGCCAACAUUAUAUCAAAUUUCUAAGGAAAAGGCAAAAAUGCUGGGAAUGGAGUUCAUUCCAUUCGAAGUGAGUCUCAAAGAAACUGUGGAAAGUUUCAAAGAAAAGAAAUUUGUUGACUUUUAAAUCGUGAUGUAUGUAUGUAUGAAGCCAUGUUAUCUGUGUGGGAUGACUAUUAAUAACCCUGCACAAUCAUGAUUCUAUAUAAGGACUAGAUGAUGUUUUCAGUAUGCUUUUGAUUUGAGAAUACAUUAUUAAUUGUAAUAGGAUUAAUAGGAAUUUUUGCCUUAAACUAUCUAAUAAAAAGCAAAGAUCAUCUU